AUGAUAGAUGAGUGGAAUGGUAGAGUUUCUAUCUCGACGUUAUGUACGAAUUGGGAAAAACAGCGUCCUUUUAAUUUGUUAUCUGAAAAUAUUUUAUUUCUUUUAUACAAUUGCGAAUGUCUAAGUACCCAUCAAGCUGAUUUAGAUAUCUUAAUCUCUUCAUAUCUUCCGCAAAUAGUUAUUCUAACUGGUGUCGGUUCUUUAAUUAGUAAUUUACCCUUGCUGCCAAACUAUUAUUGGUUAAGUCAGAAAGGUACGAACUCGUUUGGAGGUGUUGCAAUACUAAUUCAUCAUUCUCUUAAUAGUACAAUAGUUUACACAGUUGAGAAUUUUCUUUUAGCUGAAAUUGACAUAUUAUCUUCUAAAAUCUUGGUUGGAGCUGUAUACGUUCCUCCAAACAAACAACCACCUUUUGAACAUUUCUCAAGAUUAAAUGGAAAAAAAAAUUUACUUGUUUGGCGACUUCAAUGUUAA